GGACAGUCCUGAUCUUCUCAAAGUACGUAUUUGUGUCUACUAAAUGCAAGAAGAUAAGUUGAAUUACAAAGUUAUACUUACGAGUCAAUCAUUUGAAUUCAUUAAACACCAUUGGCAUAGAUGUCCAAGGCCCCGGUCAGAGCUGGGGGGUUGAGCGGCAAAGUUGCCGUUAUAACAGCGGGAAGUACGGGCAUUGGGUUCGCAAUAGCGAGGCGUCUUGCCCAAGAUGGCGCACACGUUGUCAUUAGCAGCAGGAAUCAGAAGCACGUGGAUGAUGCCGUGAAAGCAUUGAAGGAAGAAGGUCUACGUGCCAGUGGAAUUGUGUGUCAUGUCGGCAAGGCUGAAGACAGACUGAAGCUCAUAAACGAGACUGUCAGGACACUGGGUGGGUUGGACAUUUUGGUAUCUAAUGCAGCUGUCAACCCAACAUUUGGACCUGUGCUUCAGACUACAGAGACUGUUUGGGAUAAGAUAUUCGAUGUGAAUUUAAAAGGAACGUUUUUUCUUAUCAAAGAAGCGGCCCCACAUAUUGAAAACAGGGGGGGAGGUUCCGUGAUUUUGGUGUCAUCUCAAGGCGGAUAUAUUCCCUCCGAGUUCCUUGCCGCAUAUUCGGUUAGUAAGACUGCCAUGCUCGGGUUGACUAAGGCUCUCGUACCACAACUCUCUCAGAUGAACAUUCGUGUUAAUGCGAUCGCCCCUGGUGUCAUCAAGACUAACUUCAGCGGAGCUCUGUGGAAAGAUCCAUCGGUGUCCGAUGAAAUCGCCGCACGAAUCCCAAUGAAAAGGCUUGGUGUACCCGAUGAGUGCGCAGGAGCUGUAUCAUUCCUAGUGUCCAGUGAUGCCUCAUACAUAACUGGAGAAACUAUAGUGAUGAAUGGUGGUUCACAGUCAAGACUUUAAC